AUGCACUUUGAGGAAGAGAGAAGAGAGAAUGUGGGAGGGGAGAAGUAUGUCAAGACAUUGCAGGAGCUCCAGAAAUUCAGAGAAGCAGGCAGCCCAUUCACGGACGAGUUCUCCAUGCUCUUUAACUCAGUGUAUGAGCAGCAGGCAGAGAUGUUGCAGAAGUUGCAGGCUCGUGAGAAGCUUGACAAGAAAGUUAAAUCUGCACAAGCUUGGAAAAGGGUGAUUAAUGCCAUAUUUGUGACCGCCUUCAUGUCUGCUUUGAUCUUCUCAGUCGUUGCGGUUGCAAAAGCCUUACGACCUGUUGUGCGUACUCUAGCUGCUGGUCUGGCAACUCCAAUAGGGACAGUCGGGAAAAAGGAGUUGAUAGACUAUAUGAAUGCGGGAACUUGGAUCUUGAUCAAUGACUUGGUGACGAUUCGGUUGCUUGUGAGUAAGCUGGAAACUGAGAUUGAGUCGAUCUUGCAAAAUGCCGACUUCGCUCUUGGAGAAGAACAGGAAGAAGCCGUUAAGCUUGGAAUGUUGGAGAUCAAGAAAAGGGCGGAUGUUUUCAUGAAAACUAUGGAGGAUCUCAGCACACAAGCUGAUAAGAGUAACCGUGAGAUACAGAUGGCGAGGACACUGAUAUUACUGAGGAUAAUGGGACAAUCCGGUCGUUAG